ACAGUGCACUUUUGAUCAUGUUUAAGUUCAGUUCGUUUUUGGAGACAUCAGUACAUAGAGCAUGAUAACAUCAAUUAAGAAUGUGAUCAACAUGUACGAAAGAGUUUUGUGCGUUUUGAUGUUACUUGUGAUCGUCCGUGCGAAGGAAAUUUCUACUGUCAAACCUGUGGAAAUUGUAAAUUUCUUAGAUUCAAGAUUAUCGACAGUUCUCUAUACAUUACCAUAUAAUGACGAAUAUCUCACAAAGGAUAACACAAAAAGAUCACUCGUUUUGUUAAAGCCGUUAUCACGAAAUGAACAUGAAAAAUCAUCAAAAGAAACAGUUCAAAAAACGAAACGAUGUGGUAUGCAAUCUCGGAAAAAUAAAUUUCUCUUAUUAUCGACAAAAGAAGAUAUCGAUAGAGCAAUAUUUAGAAAUACCGAUAAAAAUAUUAAUUUAGGAAUUCCCAAGCAAAAUUCAAAUAAUAUCAUUACGAAAAGUGCAAGAUAUUCACGGGAGAAUUCAAUUUCAAACAAGAUGAACGCUGAAACAUAUAAAGAUAAAAUACUUUUGCAAACUCUCAAGGACAAUUUGAAUGCGGAUGAUAUAACUAUGAAUUUAGAGUCUCAAAAACAGAUGAAAAAGUGUAACACAGAAAAAUAUAUUUGUCACUGCAAAGAGGAGAAUUGUUUUUCUAACUCAUCAGAAAAAAAUUCUUCAAAAAUGUUAGGUUCUUCCAGAAUAGACAAACCUGAAAGAAUAAAUCAACAGAGACUAAUAAAACAUGGAAACAUAAAAUCGGGAAUUUUACAACAAAAAUCACCGAAAUUGUAUUACGAAAAUCCUUAUAAAUCGCACGUUCCUAAUUUGGUCAAUUAUUUCUUAAUCCAACCUUAUCAAGAGAAAAUGAGGAAUAUUCAUCAUGUACCAAUUUUAUAUAGAAUACCGCCCAACAUUUUACCUCAUAUGGUUGGAAACUCAAUUUCUUCAUUUGAUGAUAAAUCAAAUUAUCUAAUUAGGAAUAACGCCCAUAAUGAAUAUCCAUCAAUUAUUCGUCAAAAUCCGUGUGUUUGUUCAUCUAUAACCGAAAAACAUCGAAUUGAAAGUUCUAGCGUGUCAACUACUUCAUCUUCGACGAAUUACGAUGAUUCGAUAAUUGCUAGAGAAACAGAAAAUGAUAUUAAAUCAAAUAAUCCAAUUGGUAGCACUGAAGAAGAUGAAAAAUAUUUUUCUAUAUUAACUACAGAAGUUCCGAAUGUAGGUGAUGCGUCAGUUGAUUUAAAAACAGAAACUAAUUUCCACUCGAACUAUUUGACUACUGACGAAUCUGAAGAAAGUAACACCGUAAAUUCUUUUAAUUUAAAUGAAAUAAUAGAUAAAGAUCUUAGAGAAGAUUUUACAGAAGAAAAAGUCGAAACAGAUCAGGAUAAUCUUUCUAAACUAACAUCUUUGGCAGAUAUUGAUACAAGCAUCGCACCGUCCAUCAUCCAUUCAAUGAAUGACGAAAAAUUUAUAAACAUGGAAGAAUGCAUACAACUAUUUGGUCGUGACGUAUGCGUACUUAGUGCGACACCGCCAAGAAUGCUUGCCAAACAGACGCAAAAGGAUAAUUCAAUCAAAUAUUCUAUGAUUACAAUUCCGGAAUAUGUUACACAACCAUCCAGAAAAGAAACAACUUUAAAUGCUAUCAACUACUUGAAUAAUCUUAAGACAAUCGACCCAUUCUUUACAGAAUCGUCCACUAGUAACAUAGAAACAUCAACUGUUAGUUUAAAUGAGUAUUUCGAGUCGACAAGUACAAAGAUAAAUGCUGAUGUUAAUAAAGAUUCUCUGCGCAAAUCUAUUAAACAAAUCUACAAGCCAGAUGUUAAUUAUGAUAAAAAUAAAUUAUUUAAUUUCGCAGAAAAUACUCCAAUCAAAAAGUUAAAGGAUCAAACAGUUGACGAAACUAUAUAUACGGAUAAAAAUAAAUUAUUAGGAAAGAGUAAAAAUCAUACAACGAAAUUAUUGUUAAAUCCAAAUAAUGAGGAAACAGCAAGUGAUGAAAAAGUGGACAAUUUAAAGAUUAAUCACGAGAAUUGUACAACAGAUAUAAAUUUCACUUUAAAUAUUCCCUCUGAAGAAGAGACAACAGUUAUUAAUGACAAUUCUGAAACCGAAUAUAAUUUUAAUGAGAAAAAUAGAAACUAUACGAAAAAAUCAGAUACGGAUAUCAAUUUAAAAAAAGAAAUUUCUCAGGAAUAUUUUAAAAAAGAACCUACAACUAUUAGUUUUGUUCCUAAAACUGACUAUGAAACAAGAAGUGAUUUAAUAGGAAUAGAAGCCAAUAUCAAUUCGAAAGAGAUGAAUGAAGGACAAACUACAAUGCAAUAUUUUGACAAUAAUAAAAUAAGUGAUAUAAGUAAUAAAAAAGAUAACAUCAGUAAUCUCGAGACGAUUGUCGAUUCAUCGAUAAGUAAAUUACCAUUUUGUGAUAAUACCUUGCUUUUAAAUUCCAUCAGAAAAGUCAUCAAUGAUUUUGCAUUGGAUGCUCGUUUAACCAAAACACAAGAUAUUGAUAAAAAUAGCCUCCAAAUGCAAGGUAAAAAUUUACUGCCAGAAAUCUUGCAAGUUCCAUAUAUGAAGAAUAUUUUGAUGAUGCCACAAAUAGAAAAAACGAUUAUAGAAAAGGUAAAAGAUGUUUUAUCCUAUGUUACAGCUAUUCCUAGAAGUGACUUCACAAACGAUUGGUCACAUGGGGUUAUUAAAAAUACUCUACAUAGCAUAUUGGAGGCUCUUUCUGAUUUUCAUCACAAGCUGCCACCGAUGACGCUCGAGGAACAUCAAUUCAAAGACGGACAAUGGAGAACCAAUUUAGUAACCUUAGCACCUGUUGUAUCAAAUCAAAAGUUGUCAACAACAACACCAGAAAAUUUGCGAGAGAGUAUUAAAAAUCUUUUGAGUUCUUCGGCAAUCGCAUCGCAAGCAGAUCAGCAUAUCGUACGAAACAUGAUUGUGCAAAGUGUGAAAAAUAGCUUGGCCAAUGAUAAAGAUGAGAAAAUAGACGAUUUGAUAACUUACGCUCUAAAUGAUCUUCUACAAUCUUUAAAAAACUCAAAAGAUAUUAAUAUAUUAAAUGACAGCAAUGAAUAUAUUAGUGAUGAAGAAGACACGGGCAUGAUUUUUUCACAAAAAAUACCAAUGUAUGAUUACGAAAUAGGAAUAAAUACUAAUGAUUCAAUCUUGAAUAGCAAAGACAAUCUUGACGUAAAAGAAGAUACAAAAGUGGACAAUAAAACAAUGCAAAUCACAGAUUAUCAGGAAACUAAGACAUUAGAAAACAACGUCAAUGUAUUAAUUACUUCAGAAUCCCCAUAUUUAUCAUCAUUAUACAAAGAAAAAGAAGAAAAAAUCAUAAAUAAAGCCGUUGCUAAGACAGAAGAAAAUCAAAAUUUAAAUGAGAUGAAGAAAACAAACAUGCAAGAUGAUGUAGAAAAGAAAUUAACUGCGCCCAAAAUAAUUUAUCAUAAAGCUAUUUUACAGAAUAAUCCUAGCAUGUUAGCAACUUCUGAACUAAAAUCAGAAAAUGAAGAAUAUAUAAAAAAUCAUUCCAUCAAUAAUGAAGCUGUUAAAAUUACACCAACAACUACAAAUUUUAUGCAAGAAACUUCACCCAAUUACGAACAAAUGUCGAAUGGUAUAAUUUUAGAAAAUGUGGUAGAAAUUAAGGAUAGUAAAGAAAAACAUAUAUUAAAUGAAAAAACAUCGACUACUUCUUCACUCGAUGAAAUUGAUCCAAUAAUAAUAUUAGAAAGAAUUAAAUCUAAUUUGCCACCAACAAAGUAUUACUCACCGGAGAUUAUAAAAUACGUAACAGAUUAUCAUACUAAUAAUAAAAAUGUUGAAAUUACAACAGUACCUACAAAUUUUAUACAAGAAAUUUCAUCCAAUUAUGCACAGAUAUCAGAUGACCUGAUUUCAAAAAAUAUAGCAGAAACUAAAGAUGAAAGAGGCGAAAUGGAAUCUCCAUUGAUUUCUACAGUUGGCAAUUUAAUUUCAUCUACAAAUAUAGAGUAUAGAGAUUAUGAGCCUGAAACUAUUUCUUUAAUAGAUAAAAAUAAUGUAAAAUCGCCACAACAGAAUUUCACGGAAAAUAACGUCAUUAAAAUACACGAAGUCACUACGGAGGUUCAACGAACUUAUGCGAAAACUACUUACUUCAAGACAGAACCUUCUACUUACGAUAAUUCAAGAAUUAAUUCUUCUUCAUUAAUUUAUAAAAUUACAGAUAUAAAUAAUAAUGAUAAUGAGAACAAAAAUAAUAAUAGCGACAAUAUAGUUGACAAUAGAACGAAUAAUAGUAAUAAUGUUGCAAAAGCAAAAGAAAGAAUUGUUUCUUCUUCUAAAUCAUCUGUAGAUGAUAGCUAUUCUUCUCAAUCAUUUCCAUCAUCAAUUACUUCCAACGAUAUUUCGGAACUUCAAAAAUCACGACUUUAUUACAUCAAUGACGACGUAAAAUUACCAUUGGAAAUAAGAAAAUUGAAAGAUGGUUCUUAUGCAUUAUCAAUAUCCAAAAAUAUAUGUGAAUUUAUUUUAAAACGAAAAUGUCCCUGCUGCGUGCCGCUGCAGGGAUAUAUAGUUCAAUUAAAAAAUCAAUACGAAGAGAUAAAUACAAUGAUUUCAACAACUAUGGAAAAAACAAAUCAAGAGGAUAUGUACGAAAAUGAUAUUAAAAAAGAUUAUCGAUCGAUUCAACCACUUAAUUUAAUUAAAAGUUCAAUGAUUACGAAGAAAAAUGACUUAACAACACAAAAAGAAGAAGAUACGAGCACGCAUAAUUUAUGGAAGCGAAAUAUGAAUGAUGAUAAUUUAGCGAUUAUUUCGAUGCCAGUCGUUGAUUUUGUAAAAAAAUACAAUUUAUCGCUCGAUUUCAAUGAAGAUGAACACAAUCAAUCAGAAGAAAGAACUUUUAAUAAUUAUGAAAAGAUCGGAAAAGAUAGAUUAUUGGGUAAAGAUGGCAAUGCAGUUGAUGAGUUUCAAAAUUUGAUAAAAGUUCGAGAAAAAAAAAACUCUCCAACAACAAGUUUUCCAAUAUUUCCAAUUACUCAAAAAUUUUUCGAUUUGGGCAAGAAUUUUAUAGAAAUUAGACUACGAAAGGCAAAUACAGAAAUGAAUCCAUUUGGAAUAGAUCAAGAAUUAAAACUAGGUAAUGUCAAAACUACAAACGACGUUUCAAAUAUGAACAUUGUACGGAAAAUGAAUUUUAAAAAUCAAGAUAUUACACAAGAUAUUACACAAGAAAACAUUUCUCGCAAAGAGGAAAAUAAACAGCAUGGAAUGACAGAAUUGAUUAAUCAUAAAAAAAAUGUUCCAGAAAUUGAAGUUCAUAAGGAAAAUGUUGGAAGGCCGUAUAGAUAUCAACGAAAUACAAAUGGUGUUGUAAAUCAAAGAGCAGAAUUAGUAAAAUCUAUGCUUUAUUGGCUUAAAGGUCUCUUCGUAAAUAAAUGAAUAGUGA